GACAAAUACCAGUUGCGACUGGACAAAUGAGACACAUCUUUAUACAUUUAUAUACUGCUAUACAUAAUGAAUCAAAGACUCCUUCUUUCCGUAAUCAACGCACAUUCGUUAAACCCAUUUAUGUUAAUCCUAAGUUUAUGUUUCUAAUACUAUAUUUAAGCAAUGAAUGCAAGAAAACUAGUAUCCCAAACUCAUUAUACUCAAAUUCCUCAAACAAUUAGAAACUCUCUCCUUUGUGCUGCAAUCAACCCACCCAAUUUAAACCCACCAUUUUUACCAAAACCCCCUUCAAUAUUAGCCACUGGUCUCCUCAAAUCCUACUUCGAAAGGGGUCUAAUUAGAGAAGCACGUACACUGUUCGAUGAAAUGCCUGAAAGAGAUGUUGUUGCUUGGACAACCAUGAUUUCUGGUUACACUUCAUGCAAUCUUCAUGGACGUGCUUGGGUAGUUUUCUGUGAGAUGAUGAGGUGUACAAAUGUGAGCCCCAAUGAGUUCACAUUAUCUUGUAUAUUGAAGGCUUGUAAAGGGAUAAACUCUUCGUCUCGUGGAGCUUUAGUUCAUGGUUUGGUACUUAAGCAAGGCAUGAGUGGGAGUCUUUAUGUUUCCAAUGCACUCUUGGAUGUUUAUGCGACGUGUUGCGUUGAUAUGGAUGAAGCGUAUGCGGUUUUUCAUGAGAUAAGAGGGAAAAAUGAUGUGUCUUGGACUACUUUAAUCGCAGGAUAUACUCAUCGUGGUGAUGGCUAUAUGGCACUUAAUGUUUUCAGAAGAAUGUUAUUGGAAGAGGGUGAAUCAAACCCAUUUACCUUUUCAAUUGCGGUUAGAGCCUGUGCCUCGGUCCAUUCAUGUACAUAUGGGAAGCAACUUCAUGCUGCAAUAGUCAAACAUGGGUUGGAUUUUAAUCUACCCGUAAUGAAUUCUAUUUUAGAUAUGUAUUGUAGGUGUAGCAGCUUAAAUGAUGCAAAGCAAUGCUUCGAUGAAAUGAUUCAAAGGGAUUCAAUCACGUGGAACACUUUGAUUGCUGGAUAUGAGAAAUCUGAUCCAUAUGAAUCUAUCAGCACAUACUCGAGUAUGGAGUCAGAAGGUCUCAGCCCCAAUUGCUUCACAUUUUCCAGCAUUAUAGCAGCUGUGGCCAAUUUGGCAAUUUUGAGUUGUGGAGAGCAGAUUCAUGGAAGAAUCAUAAAGAGAGGCGUCGGAGGGAACUUGGAGUUGGACAACGCCUUAAUAGACAUGUACGCAAAGUCUGGAAAUAUUGCAAGUGCACGUAGAAUUUUUGAUGAAAUGCCCAAGAAAAAUCUGGUUUCGUGGACCUCAAUGAUGAUUGGUUAUGGAAGCCAUGGAUAUGGAAAUGAAGCUGUUGACUUUUUUGAAGAGAUGGUUAAAUUUAAAGUCAGGCCAGAUAGGAUAGCAUUUGUGGCAGUUUUAAAUGCAUGUAGCCAUGCUGGGUUUGUGGACAAAGGGUUAAGGUAUUUUAUCUCAAUGGUUGGUGAUUACAAAAUAGCUCCAGAUCUGGAGAUAUUUGGGAGCUUAGUAGAUUUGCUAGGACGUGCUGGACGAGUUGAGGAGGCUUUUAAGUUGAUAGAGAGUAUGCCAUUUGAUCCCGAUGAAUCUGUUUGGGGAGCAUUCCUAGGAGCAUGUAAAGCACACAAUCAUCCAGAUUUGGGCAAGCUGGCUAUAAGAAAGGUGUUGGCUUUGAAACCAAAAAUUGCAGCAACCUAUGUAGUUUUGUCAAAUAUCUAUGCAGCUGAUGGUAAAUGGGGUGACUCUGCAAAAAUGAGGAAGUUGAUGAGAAGGAUGACUACCAAGAAAGAGGCUGGGAGAAGUUCGGUGGAGUUAAAGAAUCAGAAUUAUAGUUUCGUUGCUGGAGAUAAGAUGGGUUCACAUAUGGAUUGUGUUGAUGAAGUUGUAAAAAUGCUGGUCGAACAUAUGAGAGACGCACGAUAUAUUCCUGAUUUGGACUUCUUUAUACAUGACUUAGAAGAUGGAACUUGAAAAGUAACAGCAAUGAGGGUCAAAAGUGACUUGCUGUUGUCUAUGUUGGUAUAAUUCAUUUAUUCUUUUGGUGCAGUUGAAUUCAAUUAGAUGCAAAAGAAGAUAGAUUCAUUUGCUUCAGAAGCCACAUUGCAUUCUAUACAAAAAGAGAUCUGUUAAAGAAAGUUGAGGGAGGAUAAGGAAUCACUUUUGUUCAAUAGUUGAUACUGUGAGAAAAGGACCUAGUAGGUUACCUAACCAAGUAAAGUCAUUCUUUGCCAUGAUGUAGUACGUUACAUGUGAAGUUCAUGGAAACCAAGCUCUUGAUUAUUCUGAACUUGGGUGUAGUGAAUUUGCUGAGUUCUAAAAUGCUCUUGGAAGAUCCGGCGAGGGGACAUUGUUAUUAUGGGAAGAUUGAAUAACUCUAUGAUCUUCUUGAAUUUGUAUUUCUUAAGAGCAGAUUCACAUCUGCUGUCUUUGCUAUUCUGGGAAGAAAAUUGCUGAAGUGGUAUUGCUAAGUCUCAGUUCCAUAUACUAAAAUAACCAUUCUUUAGGAGGUGAAACACAUUCUACUUGUAAAUUGGUGGUUAAGAUUGGGUCCUUAGUGGUCUGGAGAGUAUUGUUGAAUGGCUAUGUUUCUGAACCAGUCAGUUCCAAUAGUCCAUUGUCUUGUGAAAAAUGUAUCAUUCACGACAUGCACCGGUUGACACUUAGAUAGGUGGGCACAUAAGUGACAUUCACGAAAAUCAUAGGCUGCGGUGAAACAACAAAACAGAACAGAUGAUACUAUGCUAGUGUUCAAGUUUUGAGUCUUGUGCCCCUUGGGUAGAGAUGUACAAUUUCAAGUUCGUUCUCCUAGUUGAUAAUAUACAUCAUACAACUACAAAGGGAGCAAAAUGUCAUCAAUACAAGCUUAAGAUCAUGAAACCUUCUUGCUGCUUUAUAACAUUCUCUAUCUAGAGAGAAAAAAGUGAUUCUGAGAAAUAAGAAUAUCAUGUUGCAUGGCAGUUUUACAAGAGUAUUGCUGGUACAUUUGGCCGUAUAAUUCCACUGAUAGCCCCAACCCAUUUGCUUCUGCCCUAUAUGCAUAAACUUGUUCAUGAACUACUACAGAAAUUCUUCGAUGUAUUGCAAAAAUAACAUAGAGAUGUCACCCUAGUUCCGUAUGCUGAAAAUGAACAGCCUCUGGUUGUCUCUCCAAUUCAGUAAGGAAAUCAGAUCUAUAAUUCAUUUUGUCCAUCA